AUGUCUACUCUAUCUCUUACCAUUGGGCUUCUUGCUGCAAUGAUGCUUCUUGGUGGCGUCCAUGCUGCUUCUCUGUCAUUUGCGGAUCGAUGUAGGUUGUCUCCUCAGUUUGCUCAGCUGUUUAGUGCCCGUUGUCAUCCCUACCUUACCAAACAAGACUGCGAAGUGGGAGAGUGGAGUGUUAGUGAUGUUGGAAAAGCAAAACAACUGCUGAACAUUCUGAAAUCAGGUUUGGGAGGAUUUGGAUCAUUUAGUCCUGGUUUAGGUGAACCACACUCUAUCGUCAUCAACAAUGUACAUCAAAAUGUGACAACAGCAAACAUGACACCAGCAAUACCAGUUGGACAAAAAGGACAAAGUGGUCUAGCUGGUAUCCAAAAACGUGCUAUAUCUUGUCCUGCUGACCGUGACAUUGUAAUAAUUGUUGACUCAUCCGGUAGUGUGGACAACUCAGAGUUCACUUCUGCUCUUAAUGAUUUGAGUGAGCUCAUUCCUCUGCUCUGUGGAUAUCAACCUGGUCUAAUAGAAGAGUGCCAAGCCUACAGACUGGCCAUGAUAACCUAUGGAAGCUCUCCAACACUCACAUUUGACUUGGAUGACAAUCUUAGAAGGCACACAAACCAAAUAAAUGUUCAGAAUGACAUCAAAACAAAACCAUAUUACACAGAUGGAGCGACAGCUACAGGUGAUGCUCUCAAAUUUGCAUGGGAUCGAGUUCUACAGGAAUCUCAUGGAAUGAGACCAAACAGCAAGAAAACCAUUCUUCUGUUGACUGAUGGUCACUACAACAGUGGAACUCAUAAUCCUAUCAAUGUGGCAGAAGACUUGUUCCAAGCUUUCAAUGACCAGUUGUCUAUAGUGGCUUUGGGAAUAGGAAAUAAUAUUGACUACCAAGAGCUGAUAGAUAUCACCAAACAUUACAAUCCUGCAAAUCUGUUGGUCUUUCUCACAGAAACCUUUACCAGUUUCCAUGACAUUGUUGAGGAGAUCAAGAGUCUUCUGACUGACGAUCAAGCAACGUGCUCUGCAGACGUCCUUGUCAAGAAACGCUAGUGGCAACUACUAAGGAAACGACAGUUCAAAUGUUUUCGCGCUGUGAAUCAAAAAAAUCAAAAAUUAAACCUGAGAUUUGAUCACCGCAUAAUUACAUCACACAAUAGCAUAAAUUUGUGUUCCGUAGUUUUAAUUGCGAUAAAACAACCAAGUAAACAAUCCUAUAAAUCUCUGAUGCACAACAACAGCGGUAAACUCUCACAAACUACUGAAAACAGAAAAUUUUACCUAAUGAGUUAACUACGUGAUGCUUACCAGCACUAGUCGCUAGCAACACUAAAACACGGCUGCAUGAAUUCCAAACAGAACAAUA